AUGACUACAGAGCCGUCGUUGGCUCUCGAUCCAGAGACAGAGGUUUCUAAAGCCGAGGGCCACGAUUCUGCCAGCGCUCUUGAUUCCGGCCCCAACUCCAAUUCUGACCCCUCACGCGAGGUCUCCAAGGAAAAACAGAGUCUAUCGAAUCUGUUUACGAUUUUCGCCAGUGGCUUUGCCCUUAUCAGCGAUGGAUACCAGAACAAUCUCAUGACCAUGACCAAUGUUCUUCUCAAGAAGCAAUACCCCAAGGAGUAUACCUCCACCGUGAGCACGCGCGUGUCUAAUGCGCUGUUGGUGGGCGAAGUCAUUGGGCAGGUUGUUGUUGGUCUCACUUGCGACUACCUUGGUCGAAAAUGGGCCAUCGUAUUUACGACACUGAUGAUCAUUAUCGGUGGCAUCCUGGCCACUGCUUCUCAUGGCGUUACGAUUAAUGGCAUGUUCUGGAUGAUGACUGUAGCACGUGGCGUCGUUGGUUUUGGCACCGGUGGGGAGUACCCAGCCUCGUCUACCUCAGCCUCCGAAUCCGCGAACGAAUUAACCCCUAAGCACCGUGGUCCGGCCUUCAUCAUGGUGACCAACUUCCCACUAUCCUUUGGUGGCCCCUUUGCGGUAUCCAUUUUCUUGAUUGUACUCAUGGCCUGCCAACAAUCGCACUAUAGCACCGUAUGGCGUGUGUGUUUUGGCAUUGGCUGCAUCUGGCCACUCUCAGUAUUCUACUUCCGCAUUCGCAUGCUCAACUCAACACUUUAUCGCCGUGGGGCAAUCAAGAAGCAUGUGCCCUAUCUCCUUGUCAUUCGAUACUACUGGAAGGCGCUGAUUGGCACCUGCGGUGCUUGGUUCCUGUACGACUUCGUUACGUUUCCAAAUGGUGUCUUUUCAGGCACCAUCAUCUCAUCAGUUGUCACUAACGGCACUAUUCUUCAAACCGGAGAAUGGCAGCUUCUGCUGGGAGCCAUUGCGCUUCCCGGUGUCUUCCUCGGGGCUCUACUAUGUGAUCGUGUCGGCCGCAAGAAUGUGAUGAUGAUUGGAUUCAGUGGAUAUCUCGUUUUCGGCCUGAUAAUUGGCUGCGCCUACUCCCGCAUCACCAAGAUCGUCCCGCUCUUUAUCGUCUUUUACGGGCUCAUGCAGAGCUCCGGCAAUUUCGGGCCUGGGAACAUUCUUGGUCUGAUCUCGUCUGAGUCCUAUGCUACCGGUGUCCGUGGUACUUGCUACGGUAUCUCCGCCGCGGUAGGUAAAGCCGGCGCAGCCAUCGGUACGCAGGCGUUCCAGCCGAUUGAGAACAGGCUGGGGAAGAAUUGGACAUUCAUCAUUGCGGCCAUUUGCGGCGUAGUCGGUAUCACGGUGACCUAUUUCUUUGUUCCUGAUCUCUCAGGUGAGGAUCUCCGGGUGCGCGAUGAGCAGUUCCGAGCCUACUUGGUGUCGAAUGGGUGGGACGGUGCUAUGGGUGAAGACGAUCUGAAAGCUCUUGCUGGUGAUGGUGUUGCGCGUGUGGUUGCUAAUGAAAGCACGCCUUUGAAGGACGGUUGA